GGAGAGCAACCGGAAGUGGUCCGUCUGGAAAUUCCUUCCCAAAGAUCUUCUCGUCGAACGAGGAGUCAGAGUAUCUCGACAGGGUUGAUCACGUUUAAUUCGACUCAACGUGUCGGAUUGAAGAAACAGAGUGAUUGUUGUUCAUAAAAUAACGUCAGUUGACAUUUCGCUUGUUGACAGCUGGUGCGAGCUCAAAACCGACAGUUAAUAUCAGGAUGGCGGAGGCGCCAGGUACUUCUAGCGAGACGAUAACGGAGACCGUUCAAGUUGACACACCGCCACCGCCCCAGCAGGAGGGACGUAGCCUGACCAUCAAGCUGAGGAAGAGAAAGACUGACAAGAAGGUGGAGUGGUCCAGCGACACAGUGGACAACGAGCAUCUGGGAAGGAGGUCCUCCAAGUGUUGCUGCGUCUACGAGAAGCCCAAACAGUUUGGGGAGUCCUCCUCUGAAAGCGAGGGAGAUGACGGCGACGAGGGCUGUGGAAGUGCACACUGCAUUCUAGGACAUGGGAAAGACGGCAGGCAUGGACACAGAGGAGGGGGUGGGGGGAGUACGGUUCCUCCAAGCUCUGGGGGAUCACAUGCCCACUAAUGAUUAGGAAUGGUGCUGAGGGAGGAAUGGAGCGUAGGGGUUCUUCAGUCGAUGACAAUGACACAUUAUACUGCUACACACACGCUCUCAUUUAGUUCAGUCACUGCAGUACCUGAGGAAAAGGACGCGACAGAUAAAAAUGAGGGAGGGAGAGAGCCUAUAUUUCUGCCUGUUUGAUAAGAAAAAGGGGUACAAUCAUUUUCCUUAUUUUUAUAAAUAAUAUUUUCCUUAUUUAUUGAUUUGUCGUAAUACUUGAUUUUACUGAAUUAUGUGGCAGUAUCUUAGCCUGAGUGCCAGACAGUGUUCCUUCUUGUCAAACAAGGAUUUGGAAAGAUGAUUAUGUAACAUUGUAGAGUGCAUAAAUAGUCUAGUACCCAGGCUACCACUGGGUCUGGGUCCCAAAUGACACCCUGUUCCCUAUAUACAGCCCUGGUCAAAAGUAUUCACCCCUCUUGGCAUUUUUCCUAUUUUGUUCCAUUACAACCUGUCAUUUAAAUUGAUUUUUAUUUGGAAUUCAUGUAAUGGACUUAAACAAAAUAGUCCAAAUUGAUGAUGUGAAUUGAAAAAAAUUACUUGUUUCAACAACAAAAUUAAAAGUGGUGCGUGCAUAUGUGUUCACCCCCUUUGCUAAGAAGCCCCUGAAUAAGAUCUGGUGCAACCAAUUACCUUCAGAAGUCACAUAACUAGUUAAAUAAAGUCCACCUGUGUGCAAUCUAA